CGAUGAGGAUUUACAAGCAUCUUCAAUACCUGAACACAAAUACUACUUUAUACAAUGCGAUAGUAAAAGCUGAGAGUGAAGGUGCCCUGCUCUCAGAGGAAUCUCGGAAGGCAGCAAAUAACUUGCGUGCCGACUUUGAGAAAGGAGGGAUUCAUCUUCCUAAAGAUAAACUCGAGCGUGUUAAUCAGCUGAACCUUGCAAUUGCGCAUCUGGGUAGAAAGACCAGACAGACGCAACACCCGGUCUCCGCCUACCCCAAUCCACUUCAGUCCUCGCCCCCAACCCAUCAUGAGGAUGCAGAACUCAGGCAGUGCUGGUCCGGGCCUUCAUGUCUUCGUUGA